AUGAGCUCCAGCGACGACAGUUCAUCACGAAAAUCAGGAGAGUGCCAGAGAUUUUUCGGAUACGGCAAAAGAAUUCCACGCGAUGUGAAACGACAUUGCGGUAUGUGCCGACAACAUGCACUCGUCGUAGAAACGCGUGGACAUAUUUGCCCUUUCAAGAACUGUGAUUGCGAAAAGUGUAAACUCGUCCGACAGCGCAGGUCGAUCAUGUCGACACAGAUUCGUCUUCGUCGAGAGCAGGAUAAGAGAUUUCAGCGUACCACAAAUGUUUCUGAAGCGGAUGUGAUUCCGUCGAAUACGGUAUUCGAAACCGACAAACGUGACGAUAUCAAUAUGUGUUAUUUCUGUCAAAAAUGCAAAAAUCAUGGAAUUUUAAUGUGGAAAAAGGAUCAUAAGCGGAAUUGCGAGUACGCAAAUUGUCGUUGUGAACAAUGUGAUUUGAUCGACACAAGAAGAGCACUUGAUAGGCAUAUCAAGAGGAGCAAGGAUAUGAAAACAGUGAAUUCAUCCGAUUAUUCGUCCUCAAGUUCAUCCGAGGAGUCCAGUUCGAACUGCGAAAGUCUUGCUGGCCCCACAUCUUUCCAAACAUUACCGGUGUCACUACCAAGCAGUCUCGAAACGACACCAUCACUUCCGCUGAACGAUGUGUCACUGUUGAAGUCGACCAUGGACCCGACCGCACUUCUGCUGCCCACCUUCUCGCCGCCAUUUCUCGCUCCUCCAUCGCCAAUCCCCACACUACCGUUGGCGUCCAUCUUCUAUGGUGGAUUUAUGCCGAAUCCUUCCAAUAAUUUCCUUGUUUCUAAUAUUCUAAGCACAUUGUCGCCGUUUGAGAUUCAACUACUUCUGGCUAACAUGCGAUCCUGCAGCGAUAUAGGAGUUUGUUCGAAUUAUUAA